CACCCCGCCAUUACACUGAAGUAGAAGACAAAAAGAAGAAGAAGACGAACAUGGCAGUAAGAGAGUAACAAGCUAUGUAGUUUUAGACAUAUUUCCUCCUCUUUUUUAGCUGAUUUAAUUCCUUCACAAUGUCCACCGAUACUCGUCGUUGGGAAACGUUACAAGGUCUAAAAAACUCACCAAAGGGAAAGAUCACAUUUGAUCCCUUUUGGUCGGCCAGGGGUGAGGAUAUUUUGGCAGGUUACAAAGACUCGCUCAGCCUUUCUUCUCAGUCUGGAGUCAUACUGCAACAACUCAGCUCCCACUCCCCUCAGAAGUUUGCAGGUUUGAGCUUGAGCUCUGGUCAUUCCAGUCCUGGACACUCUACCUCAGACUGCUCCACUGGAUCUAGCGGUGAAACCACCGGCAAGAACGACACAGUCAUUGCAGCGCAAGAACAGUCACUCGCAUCAGAAAGUCAUAACGAGAGCGAGCUGAAUCUCCAGAAGGGUUCAGAGGAAGUCAGGAGUCCCUCGUCCCCGCCAGCCAUCUCUCUGCUGUCUCCUGAAGCCAUGGCAACGACGGGAAGCAUCCUCCAGAUAGAGGAGGCAUACCGUAGAAAAGCGCGGCGGGCUUUCAGGGUGCAUCAAGAGCUCCAUGAGGAGAUGGUCACUCAGGUGUUUCGCGCUCAGAAGGAGCAGCUGAAACGCUUUGAAGAGUUCAUGGAGUUGAAGCAGAGGCAGGAGUACCAGAGCAUGAUGGAUAUGAUGGACAGAGAAACAAAAGAGAGCAUUGGUCGUCAAGAGAAGCUGAAAGAAGAGCAUCGCCACAGAUUGAAGAUCCUCAACCUCCGUCUGAGGGAGGCGGAGCAGCAACGUCUGAGGGAGGCGGAGCUGGAGCGACAGCGGCAGAUUGAAGGCAAAGACAGGCUGCGUAACCUCAACUCCAUUCAAGAGGAGAUCCUGCAGCUCAACCAGCUGCUGGAGCCCUCCACCCAGACCCAGACCACUGUCCCUUCAGCCAGUGUUGGCACGUACAGCACCCGUGGGAACCAGCUGUGCUCCCAGGUGUCCGAGGUGGUUCGGAAGACGGUUGACGGACAGUACCCCAGCGUGGAAGACAUGACGGCGGCAGAGCGGGCCCUCCAUGAAAUGAGGACGCUGAUCCGCUUGAUGCAAGAGGAAGCGGCCAGAGCUCAGAAGGAGAAGGAGGAGAAAGAGCUGGAGGAGGAAGAGUCCAGGAGGAAGCUGUCUGAGCUGAAGACUCAACAGGAAGCCCAAGAGAAGGCGGCACGGUCCGCCAAAGAGAAAGCACAUAAGCAAGGGCUGCAGAACAACGCUGAAGACACAACAUUGAAACGGUACGAGGAGCUGCAGGAGUCUCUGGUUCAGUGUGCUCAAUCCAUAGAACAGCUCGCCUCCUCAAAGGAUGUCCAGACACAGAGGUUGAAGUUGGACCUCCAGAAAGCCUCCAUGAUCCCCAUCAGUCAAAUCUCCUUCAAUUCUGGAUCUCAUCUACGAGGAAUCUUUGACAAGCUGGACAAGCUUCUCUCCGGUCACGCGGUGGUGUCUGGGGGCAAGUCUGUGUCCACCUCCCAGCAUCCACAGGGCCUGGACUUUGUGAUUUACAAGAUGGCGGAGAAAUUUGUGAAACAAGGUGAGGAGGAGGUGGCGGCCCAUCACGAAGCAGCCUUCCCCAUCGGUGUGGUGGCCUCGGGUAUCUGGGAGCUGCACCCCCGACUGGGCGACCUCAUCCUCGGCCACUUGCACAAAAAAUGUCCGUACGCGGUUCCACAUUAUCCGAGAAUGAAGGACGGCACGUCUGUGGAGGAAUACCAGAGAAUUCUUGGUUUCCGUGUGGAUGACUCUGGCGUUGAAGGUCAAGACAGUUUUCUAAAGAGGAUGUCCGGCAUGAUCCGCCUCUACGCCGCCGUGAUCCAACUGAGGUGGCCGUUCGACGGCAAGCAAGGGUGUUCCCGUCACGGUCUGAACCACGGCUGGCGCUGGUUGGCUCAGAUGCUCAACAUGGAGCCCAUCGCUGACAUCACGGCGACGCUCUUGUUUGACUUCCUGGAGGUUUGUGGUCAUGCUUUAUUGAAGAACUAUCAGGGCCAGUUCUGGAAACUCAUCCUGCUUCUGAAGGAGCAAUACUUAACCAGGAUUGAAGCUAUAACAAGCAGCGGACAGAUGGGAUCAGUCUCCAGACUCAGACACUUUCUGGAGAAAUCACUACAGGAACGACACAUCAGUCCACCCAAAGGUCAGCUGAGUGUGGCGUUCUGGAGGUCAUGAUGCUGCUGCGGAAGCUGCGUGGACUUUGUUCUCCUGCAGGGAAGGACACUAACGAAUGGAAGCGUGGAAUCAGUGGAAUACUGUUUUAUUUGGUGUUUUAAUUAGCAAAUCCACAGUUGAAGAUACAUAGCAUGAACGUAAUCCAGCAAUGGCUACUGUACCUCAUACCUGAACUUGAAUGUUUUAAAGUGUACCGACUGAUACAGUGCAAACAUUAGAACAUGAAUCAUAUCUCCAAACAA